CGGCCACCGACCGAUUCAACACAUGCGUUUUUGUCACAAGACUUGAGUGAAAAUACAUCUGCAUACGCUCUCCAUUCCAUACAAACCGUACAUUGUGUCCGACUUCGACAUCGUCAUUUACGGGCAUUGUUUUGGACAGAACAUUGAUUUUUAUCGGUUGUACCGAAAACCAUUUUCGUCACAAGAUAGUGUAUCCAUACAUUUGCUCUAUACCACAAUAACCACAAGUGAAACAUCAUGAGCAGAUUAGGCCAAAUGUCGUUGGUGCUGUUGGCAGUGGCGGUGUGCCACGUUUACGGUCAAGUGCCGAGCAGCACGCCAUGUUCGCUGUCGUUCUACCGGUACCUGUUCAAUUUGCCCGGCGAGCAGAUCCGGCCAAACGUACCGGAAGGCACGUACAUGUUUGGCAAGCGGGUGGGUCCGCCCACACCGGAAGGCCAAGCAUCGGACGUCAAGCCGUCCGUGCUCCAAGCCCCUCAGUACCUUCCGCCGGUGCCGACCACCACGACCACCACCACGACCACCACACUGAGACCGUCCACGUCCGCGCCGAUCUACAUACCACCAGCGCCGCAAAACAAUUACUACCCGUCCGAGUCCAUCAACACGGUGUCGGUGUUGCAACCCGCCAAACCGACGUGCGACCACCCGGAACACCAACACGUCGUGGACACCGGACUUCUGCCGCCGUACCCGACAGCCAAGUUCCAGCCGCAGCCCACGUUCAAGCCGCAGCCCACGUUCCAGCCGCAGCCCACGUUCUUCGUGCCCCGUUUCGUUGCACCGCCCCAGCCCCAGGUCCCGGUGGCCAUCAGCGACAACGAGAUAUUCGCCGAGCAACGGAAACCCGUGACCGUGCACAGGUUCGCUGUGCCCACGCCGUCGCCGCAGUUCCUCCGGCCGUACACCGCACCGGCACCGUCCGCCGCACCGGCCGAGAACUGCGACAAGCACGUGCACGUGACCAGCACCACCACGACCACUACCACGACCACGCCCGAGCCCAGCACCGAGACAUUGGUGGAGACUCGCCAGAACGAGAUAUCCAUCGCCCCGGAAGCCAAACACCCGGCCGACUGCGGCCACAAGCAACACAACGUGGUCAUCGAGUCCGUGGGCGUGCCGUCCACCGACUACGGCGUGGUCUCCGCCCCGGCCCCGGCCCCGUCCGCCGGCUAUUCGUACGACCGACCCAGCGAGCCCCUGGCGUAUCCGUCCAACGGUUACAACUACCCGAAGGGGAGCCCGUCGUUCGAGUACCCGGGCGCGUUCUCGGCCCAGGCAACCGCUCUGUUCGAGUCCGAAUCGCCCAAGUCGUCAGCCGGCGGUACCGAAGACGGUGACCUGGUCAUCCUCAAGGUCUAGGACGUCCUAACCUUCCGCGUGUGGAACACAGAAAAAGAGAUCGAUAAAAAAAAAAAAAAAAAUGAAAAACAAAAAAUAUAUCGUAA